AUUUCAAUAUUUUCAAAAUGAGCAGCGAAGGAUCGAUUGUUCCUAUCAAACUUGCACAACGAUUUAUUCACGUUAUCGAUUUUCAUGCGGAUCCUGUGACUUGUAUCAGUGCGUCUUCUGGAACCGUUUCCUACGAUUCAGUGACGUCACCAAAAUACCCUCAAAAUGACGCAAUUCUCUGUGGCCAACAACCGCCUCCCCCUCCUCACAAAUCGACAAUUAAAACCGUAUUCAAGAAGGAGCUCAUGGAAAUCCCGAUUCCAGUGGAUAUUGAGAUGUUUCGUGCGAUUCAAAAAGAACAAGAUGCAAGAAAAUACGCGUGCAUCAAAAACUCGAAAAAUGUGAAUGGUUUUGCGGAAGCCGGAAAAGAAGUUGAAUCGGCGUUCAAAGAAUGCUUGAAGAAUUUCAAGAAGCCUAAGAAUGAUCCAACGAGAAAAGCGGUGACCAGUGUCUCAAUCGAGUUUCCGUCGGGGAUCUCUGAUCCUGUUCAUAAGCCGAAGGAUAUUCAUAAAGUUCAUUUUAAAGCAAUAUCCGAACGCCUAUCAACUCGUAUUCUGGAGAAGUUGGGAUACCCUAUCGAUGGUCACCAACAAUGCCAAAUCGCGUCCAAAAUGUGCCUCAAUUCACCAUAAAAUUUGUAACUCAAGAGGCUUUUGAAUAAAAAAAAUUUUUUUAAUU